CCGGCGGCGGCGAGGAUGCGGGCGGCGCGGCGGCUGCCGGUGCUGGUGCUGGUGCUGGGGGCGGCGGCGGCGGCAGCGCGCGGCGGCGGCGGCCCGGCGCCCGUCACCUGCGGCUCCGUGGUGAAGCUGCUCAACGUGCGCCACAACGUCCGCCUCCACUCGCACGACGUGCGCUACGGAUCCGGCAGCGGGCAGCAGUCGGUGACCGGCGUGUCGGCGGUGGACGACGGUAACAGCUACUGGCGGGUGCGGGGCCGCACGGCGGCGGCGUGCGAGCGCGGCGCGCCGGUGCGCUGCGGCCAGGCCAUCCGCCUCACGCACGUCGGCACCGGCCGCAACCUCCACAGCCACCGCUUCACCUCGCCGCUCUCCGGCAACCAGGAGGUGAGCGCCUUCGGGGAGGACGGCGAGGGCGACUACCUGGACGACUGGACCGUGGUGUGCAGUGGGGCCUACUGGGCGCGCGACAGCGAGGUGCGCUUCAAGCAUGCCUCCACCGACGUCUUCCUCUCCGUGACGGGGGAGCAGUACGGGCGGCCCAUUCAUGGCCAGAAGGAGGUGCACGGCAUGGCCUCCCCCAGCCAGAAUAACUACUGGAAGGUCAUGGAGGGCAUCUUUAUGCAGCCCAGCGAGCUGCUGAAGGCGAAGCAGUAUCACGCUGAGCUGUGAUGGACUGGGGUGGAGCCUCCGGGCUCUGCUGUGAGGUGUCAGAGUUGUGGAGUGACUGCCGAAACCCCGGGUGGCCCUGGGGACGGGCCCCAGAGCGGUGCUCGGGGUCUCUCGGUUAUCCUGUCUGUGACGGUCCGCGUUGCCGGGUUUUGCCCCUUGCCCUGGCGCUUGCCGGUCGCAGGCGCCCGGGCGGAGGUGCCGAGACGAAGCAACACGAGAGAAGAGGAGCUGCCAGGUGUCCCCGCCGGUGUCCCCGCAGCUUGGCGCGAGCCUGUUGUCACCGUGUGACCCCUCUGUACCUCCCCGCUCUCGGUAUCGGGGGCCCUGCGCGGGUUUGGGACCAUAAAAGAGCUGAACUCUC